AUUUGACAUUGAUAAUUUCAUAAUAUCCAUUUUGUACUUUAUAGAAGCAAAACGAGCAACAGAAAGAAGAACGAAAAACGAAACAAACAAACAAAAUUCCUUUGAAUUUGAAUGUGACAUUUCUAUUCAUUUUCUGCAUUUAUCAGACGACAGCUGAUCAGGUGAUAAUCAAAAUUUCUUUUCACAUAUAUUCGCUGUUGCUCGCUUUGAACAACCAAAACAUCAUCUUAAAAUCAUUCGGUUAUAACCAUUUUUUUCUCAAGGCGUUUUCAUUAUUAUCAUUUUGUUCGAUUUGAUUUGAUUUAAAGAUCACGUUCAAAUCAUCAUCACAGUAUCUUUUAAUCAGUUUUUUUCAUUCAUUCAGUGGAAAUUUCCGAAAUUUUUUCUUGUCCUUCGAAAAAUUAUUGUUGAAAAUCAAUCCGCAAUUAUGAGCUCAUCCGAUGUUGUUCGUGUUUUAAUUACCGGUGCAGCCGGACAAAUCGGUUAUAGUUUAAUACCGAUUGUAGCACGUGGUGAUGUAUUUGGCCGUCAACAAUCAAUUGUUUUACAUUUAUUAGAUAUACCACCAAUGAAAACAGUAUUGGAUGGUGUUGUAAUGGAAAUAAAUGAUUGUUCAUUUCCAUUAGUACAAUCGGUUAUUGCUACCACUGAUGAAGCUGAAGCAUUUAAAAAUAUUGAUGCUGCAUUUUUAGUUGGUUCAAUGCCACGUCGUGAAGGAAUGGAACGUAAAGAUUUAUUAGCUGCUAAUGUAAAAAUAUUUGCAUCACAAGGACGUGCAUUGGCUAAUCAUUCAAAACCAGAUGUAAAAGUAUUGGUUGUUGGUAAUCCGGCCAAUACAAAUGCAUUGAUAGCGGCAAAAUUUGCAUCGCCAAAAAUUCCUGCACGUAAUAUAACAGCAAUGACACGUUUGGAUCAAAAUCGUGCACAAUAUCAAUUGGCUGCUCGUCAUAGUUGUCAAGUUUCCAAAAUUCAACGUGUUAUUAUCUGGGGUAAUCAUUCAUCAACACAAUUUCCCGAUAUAAGUAAUGCAACAUUAGAUGGACAACCAAUAAAAUUUGAUGGUCAUGAUGAAAAAUUUAUUCAAACCAUUCAGAAACGUGGUGCUGCUGUUAUUGCUGCCCGAAAAUUAUCAUCAGCAAUGUCAGCUGCAAAAGCAGCUGCUGAUCAUAUGCAUGAUUGGUGGAAUGGUUCGAAUGGUAAUUGGGUAUCAAUGGGUAUUAUAUCCGAUGGUAAUCCAUAUGGUAUUGCUGAUGGUAUAAUGUUUAGUUUCCCAGUUGAAUGUCAAGGACGUGAUUGGAAAAUCAUACCAAAUCUUCAAUGGGAUGAUAUUGCUAAACAACGAAUUCAAACAACAGCCGAUGAAUUAUUGGCUGAAAAACAAGAAGCAUUAGCUGAAACGGAAAAUGCCUGAUCAUCAUCCUGAUUAUGGUUGAUUCGAAAAGUCAAAAUGAAA